AUGGCUGUCUAUCCGGAGAGCUGCGUGGAUGCCUCCGUGCUGGACUUCGUCGCAGACUUGUCCUUGGUCUCCUCGGGCCACCCUCUUCUUUGUGACUUCGCGCCCGGGGUCCGCUUUGGGGAUCAAGACCUUGCGCUCCGAGAGGACAGACCCAGGAGGUUGGCUCGCUUUGAGGAGGGUGACCCAGUAGAGGAGGAGGGAGAAGAGGGGGAGGAGGAGCAGGAGGAGGAACAGGAGCACGGAAGAAACUCCUCCCUGCUGUGCCGCCCCAAGAGGAAAAGGGUGAUCACGUUUGCCCAGCGCCAAGCCGCCAAUAUCCGCGAAAGGAAGAGGAUGUUCAACCUCAACGAGGCCUUCGACCAGCUGCGGAGGAAGGUGCCCACUUUUGCUUAUGAGAAGAGGCUGUCCCGGAUCGAGACCCUACGUUUGGCUAUCGUCUACAUUUCCUUCAUGACUGAGCUCUUGGAGAGCAGCGAGAAGAAGUAA